CCUGGGAUUGGUAGGUCCAGCCUUGCAGGUAAUAGGCCAGAAGGCCUGGAAAACUCCCUUGUCAGGAAAUUUAAAUGACCAAAUUUUGGGGCGGCAUGCAGUCAUGAUACGUGGUAUGCUUUCAGGUGAGUAUAUUCCAGGUGUGAUCAUUUUGACUGUGACAACAGUAAGGCCGGACCACUGAAAAAACCACCUACUCAUGCAAUAAAAACAAAGAAGAACUAUUUGACUGUGACACUAGUAGGAAGAGCACGUAAUAUAGUAACAUUUACUAAGAAAAAAAGAAAAUCAUCUCAUCUGAUUGAAAAUGGAAGAGGAAGGAGACAUGAUGAAGAUCAUGAGACCAGACAAUAAUACUGGUGAUAAGCAGCAGGAGAAAAUGGAGGAGACCGUGAUAAGCAGUAAAGAAAGUAGAAGAGAAGAUGAUGAAGGGGAGCAGCAACUACCUUUAAUGGCACUGAAUCAUGUAUCUAGGCUUUGCAGAGAUGUGAACAAGUCAGUCGAUUUUUACGUUAAUGUUCUUGGCUUCGUGCAAAUCAAACGUCCUCCAGCUCUUGAUUUCGACGGUGCCUGGUUAUUCAACUACGGUAUCGGAAUUCAUUUGGUGCAAUCAAUGGAAGAAGAGAGAUUACCGGACCCGGAACAUGAAUUAGACCCCAUGGAUAACCAUAUAUCGUUUCAGUGUGAGGAUAUGAGUGCCAUGGAACGGAAGUUAAAGGAGAGGAACAUCAAGUAUAAGAAAAGAAUGGUUGGGGGUGGUGAUGAUGGAGCCAUUGACCAGUUGUUUUUUACGGAUCCAGAUGGAUUUAUGGUAGAGAUAUGCAACUGUGAGAAUCUUAAGCUUGAGCCAGCCGGUAAUAUGGACCGGAUUCGGUUACCUUCAGAUCGACAUAACCCUCCUGUUGAACUUAAUAAUCAACGUUCUGAUUCAGAUUAGUUAGGUUUGAGUUUUUGUUGUUUUACUCUAGGGGAAGAGGAAGGUAUUGCUUUUGUGUUGUUUUUUUGAUUUUCUUUAUUUUAAUCCUUGGAGAUGUUAAAAAUUCAUGUCUAUUUGAAAAUGGUGAAUGUUAU